CCGUGGUUUUUACGUCUCCGGUUCCUUAUCUUUAAAGACGGAAAUCAUCCAUGGUCGGCAGCCACGAUCGUGAAGCAAAGAGAUGGGGAAGACCUUCAAAGAUGAAUUUUCAUAUGAGGAAAGACUCGCAGAAUCACGGGAUAUAAUCGCCAAAUAUCCUGAUCGAGUGCCGGUGGUAGCUGAAAGAUAUUCAAAAACUGACCUCCCUGAGAUGGAAAAGAAGAAAUACCUGGUACCUCGUGAUAUGUCUGUUGGACAAUUUAUCCACAUUCUGAGUGGCAGGCUGCAUCUGGCUCCUGGAAAAGCUCUCUUCGUGUUUGUGAAUAACACCUUGCCUCAAACAACAAGCUUGAUUGAGACCGUGUAUGAAUCUUCCAAGGAUAAAGAUGGGUUCCUCUACAUGUGCUACAGCAGUGAGAAAACCUUUGGUGGUCACUCUUAGAAAGUGUACAUUGUAAAACUGAAAUAUUUACAUGGUAUCUGUAUUUGCAUGGUUGUUUAUCCUGUAAAUUCUUGCACAGAGAUAUGUAUAUUUGUCAACUGAAUUCAUGAAGGAAAUUCAAAUGUUAAAUCCAUUGGAUUUCAGACUUGAUCUUGUGAUUGUUGAGUGACAAGGUUAUAGUAAAAUGGCAAUCUUGUAAACCUCCAUUGAGAAGAAUAAAGAAUACAAAGGUUG